AUGACUUCCAACCGACAGUAUGACCUGAUCUUGCUGGGCCCAACUGGCUAUACUGGCCGACUUUGCGCAGAGCACAUUGUGCAGAACCUUCCUACCGAUUUGAAAUGGGCUAUCGCAGGUCGUUCCGCGCAGAAAAUUGAAUCUAUUGCCCAGGAACUGAAGACUCUGAACCCAGAUCGCCUACACCCAGAUGUCCUGGUCGUGCAAUUGAACUCCAACGAGCUCAACGAGCUUGCCCGGAAAACGCGCUUGGUUAUCAAUUGUGUGGGUCCUUACCACUUGUACUCGACUCCAGUCGUGGAGGCAUGCGCUGUCAACGGCACUCACUAUGUGGAUGUUACUGGAGAAACGCCCUGGGUUAAGUCGAUCAUCGAGAAGUACCACGAAACCGCCAAGGCCAAUGGCGCUAUUAUGAUCCCAUGUUCUGGCGUUGAGAGUGCCCCUGCCGAUAUACUGGCAUGGUCCCUGGUCAAACGAGUCCGAGAAGACCUUUCGUCUUCAACCCGCCAUAUCAACAGCACCAUCAAGGAAAUGAAAUCCUCCGGUCCCAGCGGCGGGACCCUGAGUACUAUUCUAACCAUCAUUGAAGCAUUUCCCAUGUCGGAGCUAUCCAAGUCGAUGACCCCGUUCUCAUUGGUAGCAUCCCCGCCACCAAAGAACGUCCCUAGCGAAUCAAUCCUGGAAAAGCUAUUCGGCGUACGCUCAAUUCGGGACCUGGGUACCGUAACAACCUCCCCAUCCGGCAUCUGCGACAUGACCAUUGUGCACCGUAGCAGCAGCCUGAUGCCAGAACUAUACGGGCCGCACUUCUACUUCCAUCAGUUCCUGUCAGUCCGUAACGCCCUCAUUGGUGUUGUUUUCCACCUUGGCUUCUUGGUUGCAGUUUCGCUGCUUGCCUUGCCACCUGUGCGCUGGCUGGUGCGCAAGUUUGUCUUUGCCCCUGGCACUGGUCCAAGCAAAGAGGACUCUGUGAAUGAUCGUCUCGAGUACCAUGCCAUCGCUACUGCAGAUAGUCCUUCAUCACAGCGCGUCUUCGGUAAGCUCAGUUACGGCGGCGGUAUGUACCCCUUUACUGGACUGUUGCUGGCUGAGGCUGCCAUGGUUAUUCUCAACGAGGAAGAGAAGAUCAAGAAGGUCUCGCGUGGUGGAAUUGUUACACCCGCUACGCUGGGCCAGGACUACGUGGACCGCUUGGAGAAGGUCGGCUGCAGAAUCGAGACUAAGGUGUUCCAAUACUAA